AUGAAGAGAUUGCUAGAAGACGUCUCUCAUGCCAUUCAGAAACUCCAUGCUGAGAAAUGGAUGCGUACCAACGCAAUCACCCUUAUAGAUCUUCCAGAUAGCGUGCUUGAGCAGAUCUGCUCCUAUUUAGACAUAGGGGACAUCAAGAAUGUCCUGUUGGUUCACUCAAGUUAUAGAGAGACACUUAUCCCAUACAUAUUUGCCAAUGUGGGUGUCACUUGGCCCCAGCUUCACGAGAUUUCAGAGGAUUCUGUGCUCAGAAAGUAUAGACACCAUAUCAAGAGCAUAAACAUCAUAAAAUCAGACUCUCAGAGAGAAUACACGGAGAAUAUCUUUGGCGAGUUAGUCUCGCAUGAGAAGUAUCCAAACUUGACUGCAGUGUCAAUCAACUCGAUGAGCUCUUCGUACUGGCUUCGAUAUAACAAGUGUGAGCACAUAAGGCAACUAGAGCUUUAUACAAGUGCCGACCCUAGAGGCACUAGAAUCUUCAACUUGACCCAUGUUAAACAUUUUCAGGCUCUACGGCUGCUUACUCUCCACGACUAUAACUUUAUGGAUAGCGAUGAUGAGAAUGCUCUCCCCAGAUUGUACCGUCUCAGUAUACAUAAUUGCGAGUGGAAUUUCCCAUUCGACUUGACCAAGUUCAACAUCCAUAAUACAUUGACUGAGCUCAGUGUGUCCUAUUCGAAUGAUAAUCAGUUUGUUGUUUCGGAGAGAUUCCGGGACUUUCUUCUGUCGCCUCUUUCUGGUCACUCAUCCUCGAUCAGGACAUUGAGGAUUGCAAUCUCAAAUUCGUCAGAAAACCGUCGUAUUUUACUAGCAAAUGUCCUCCGGAGCAUCUUGGACUCGUUCAGUGAACUCGAGAAUCUCUCUCUCGUUGGGUGGGCGGCAACCAUUUCUCACGUUAGGCAGUUGUUGGAAUCGCGUAGUUUUCACAAUCCAUUGAAGUUCAACUUGGAAGUAAGAGCGUUAGAUCUGGAUUUGAAAUCCAUUCCCAAGCAAAUUGCCAAGAUUCAGCAUAUCGAGAAUCUUAAUUUCAGUUUGUCCUUGAUAGACUAG